AUGAGACUGAACUUGGAAAAAUAUAUGAACUAUAGAGUGAAAGUAAGGAUGAGAGAUGGGAGGUGGAUGGAGGGAACAAUGAUGGCUAUAGACGAAGACGUAAAUGCAGUCCUUGAUGACACAGAAGAGUUCAGGAGAAUGAAAGGAAGUAAGGAGACGAGACGCAGGACUCUGGGGCUGGUAGUAGUUAGGGGUGGUUUCGUAGUAGAUGUAGAGGUCAUCAGUAAGCCGUAUUCAUAG